AUGUCUGAUUUUAUCCAAGAGGACAUGAUUCGAGAUAAAACGAAAAGAAGAAGACAUUAUGAGGAUGGAAAUAAACAAGAAGGUGAAGACAGGCUCAGUGACUUGCCCGAUUGUAUUGUCCUUCACAUUUUGUCAUUUUUGAAUACCAAACAUGUUGUUCAAACUUGCGUUUUGUCCACCAGAUGGAAACAUCUCUGGAAACACAUUCCAUCUAUUAUACUGCACCCUUUAAGAUUUACCACUAACAACCAUUUUGUCGCAUUUGUGUCUAACAUUUUGUCUAUCCGUCAUAACUCAACUGCGCUUCAUGUUCUUGACCUUAUAUGUCCGGCUGAUAUCGAGCCUCAACUCGUUAAAAGGAUUUUAAACUAUGUUUUUUCCCAUAACACCCAUCUCCAACAAUUACGAAUCGGUGUUUGUGGUGAUAUUCCUUUCGUUCUCCGCUGUGUUUCUUCAUGUCACGCUCUUACAUCUCUUUGGCUUUCACUUUACUCUAAUGAUAAUGAUGGUAGUAAUACAAGACCAUUAUUUCCAAAAUCUUUGAAUAUGCCAUCAUUGACCACCUUAAACCUAACAAAUUUUGUCUUUUCUGGUGGUGACCCUUUUUUGGGCUUUACCAAGUUGAAUAGUUUGGUCAUUCUUAGUUGUUUUGUAAAGGAUGUACAAAUCCUCAACAUAUCAAAUGACUCACUUGUCAAUUUGGCUAUACGUCAUAGUCAACUUGCCAUUGUACCAAUCCUCAACAUAUCAAGUGAGUCACUUGUCGAUUUGGUUAUGCAUAAUAAUGCAUUUGACAUUGCCAAAAUCCACUUAUCUACUCCGAGCCUUUGUAGCUUUACUUUUACUAGCAGCCGUGUUCCUAAAAUAUAUGGGAGCGGUCUUUCUUCAGUUAAACAAGUGAUUAUUGAACCAUGCGUGCUUUCAAAUUGGGUGAAGUAUCCUCUUCAUCUUUUCAACUGGCUCCUAGACUUUGUCAAUGUAAAAUCAUUGACAGUUACUUCAAGUACUCUUCAGAUUCUCUCCUUACUUCCUAAUUUAUUGGAAGUUAAGCUCCCUUCUUUGUUUAACCUGAAGUCAUUGGAAGUAGAACUGAUACCAAUUCAUUUUGGAUCACUAGAAUAUUUAAUGGAAAAGGCCAUGUUAAAGAAAGCUACUGCCAAGUCACUUAAAGAAGCUGCAAAGUUAAGAAAGGAAUUUAAAGGUUUGAAACCACCUCCCAUACAUGAUGGAAUGGUUGAUUUCUUGCUACAAAACUCUCCAUCGGCACAAGUUAACAUCACAACAAAGUAUGACGAUUGUUUUAAUCUUAAGCAGGUUGCAGAAUCUGUAAAGGGCACGGAGAACACUUGCUAUCGUUCACAAUUUGCCGUGCCUGCCACCCCCACUUCUGCUUCUGCCGCUGCACCAGCCUCUGCUGCACCACCCGGUCUUUAUCUCUGUCACGCUGAAAAUAUGGCAACUAAGGUUGACAGCAGUGAAUCAACUCUUUGGCCUGACACAUACAGUUUUCUUGUACUGUAUUUAUCAUUAUACUUUCACGCAAGCCUCAUACGCUAUCAAAUUUUUCAUCCUAACCGCUACAAUACUGCAGUUUAGAAUCAUGGUCUCAAUUUUGAGCGUACCUGACAUAUUGGUGUUUCCAGCUAGCUUUUUCAAUUUAGGAUAAUGAUUAUUUGAUACACCAUUGUGAAGAUGUUUAAGAAAAAAUAAAACAGAAAUAAAAAUGAGAGAUGUUGUAAGAUGCUGGCUGGACCUGUAAUAUUCCUGUUAAACAAGUUUCCUUAAAGUUUAGAAGGAUAAGUAAUGUAAC